AUGAACCCACAGCCUCAUGUGUGCAGGCAUGAUCUGCCACUCUCUGGUACCACCCAUCAAGGCUCCGAUUCAUAUCUGCGGAGGCAAAUCGAUCAGCGCUGCGCGGAUGAAUCACCCUCUAUCCAGCGUAAAGAAAGCAACAAACUGUUUGGAUCGUCUUGGACUCGUCUGCUAGGGGUAGCAUUCACCUCAUUGGCAGCAGCGUAUUUUUUGCUGUUUUGCUUUCGCUUUAUAGAGUCUGCGCGUCAGUUUGCCCCGCCCACUAGAUCUCUCGCAGAUCGUCAAGGUGAACCAUGUUAUCCAGGCAGUGUAUCUGGGGAUGGCGAUGAAGGUGGCAGUUGGCCGACGGGGGAUUCGGCAGAAGGUUUAGAGCUGGAGGAUUUUGGGGAAGGUAGCCUUUUGCUGCAUCACGAGGCUUCGGGAUUACAAGGCGCUGCCGGAGGAACACGAGAGGUAGAUGCUGAGGCUGCAUCCUAUCUCGAUAUUUCGGAAGAUGCUGCUGGCUUUAACCCCACGCAUACUGAAGACGCUGGUUUGCACUUAUGGGAAGGCCGGAACAUGCCUGCGGACCAAGAAGAGCGUUUGAAAAAUCUCUUUGGCCGCAUGAAAGACACUUUGAAUUUAUGUGGGCCGCUGUUGCCAGUGUUAACGUACAUGCAACGCAUGCAGGUGGUAUUUUAUGUUGCUAGGUUGGUCGGCCUGGAUUUGGGAGCCGCAUCACUUGUUAAGGAGAAUAUGGAGCCUGAGAGGAGAGCCGUAGGCGACUCUGCCAUCCAAUUGAUAAAUCGCCUACUUGAGCAAGUGGACGACGAACGAAGCAAUAGAAAAUUUCGCCGGAAAGUUCAAGAUUUAGGACAGUUACUUGAAGAGAUAAAGCAGCCGCGGCAAAUCAGUGAAGAAAAGAGCGCUCAAAAAUACAAAAUGAAGAUGAUAGCCUUGAUGUCAACUGCCGAAGUGGCUCUAAAGUGUUGCGCGGGAGUUUUGCAAGGGCUGCAACAGUUAAAGGAAGAUUCGCCGAGGAGGCUGCCACCGAAAGUAGUUGCGCAGCAGGUGGGUGUUUUGAAAGCGAUUUUCGAUGCCCACGUUAAUAGUCUGUCCAAAGACGGUUCCCUUCGACAACACAUUUUAGAAUGCCAAAGACGUAUAGGUACGCGUAGGAUUAUCAGUAAGGAUUAUUUUACGACGUCCAGAAUAGAACUCCCUAAACUGAAAGACAUGCAACAAAGUAUAUUUGACGCCGUUAGGGACGCUGGUGGUUUUCUCCGAGCUGUAGCACCACCUCGAAUGAAACUUGCAAAAGCUCGCGCAGCAUUCGGGGGACAGAGUGAAAAACCAAGUAUCCAGGAUUCGGAGCAGCGCAAAUCGCCGAGCUACACACCGCUGCACGAAGGCUUCGCAGAAGCCGUGACGCUUUCAUCUGACACCACAACUUCUACGCCGCAUGAAGAAGUGGAGGAAAUGCAUUCACCGCCAGCCACAGCACCACUGUGGCGACCUGACCAGCCGCCUCGACAAGGUGCUGGACCGGGUCGGCAGCAACUACACACACCUGGUUCCUCCAGGAGUCCUCAGGAUCAAUUGCCGAAGCUUGCCUCUGCGUCUGUGUUUCUCCCAGGGUCUUCUCUACCGACUGUGUCGUCGGAAGCAGUUGUAGCUGCUUCCGACGACACAUUCACCCGUCCAUAUUUCCCUCCACCGCAAAUGAGCUUUGCACAGCCGCCUCAACCGUCAGAUGUGCAGCAGACUGCGCGUCCACCUCAUAGCGUCUCAUCAGAGCAAGCAUAUGGUGGUCACAGCGGUGCAGCGCCUUUUGUUCCUCCUUCUCCGCUGCCGCGUGUGGAUGUGGGUGGACUGUCUCAGCGGCUGCAGCCACCAGGGCCUUUUCAAGAAGAGGCUUACAGUAUUUUUAGUGAGGGCGGCACGUCUCACAGGUGGUCUUCUUCACAGGAGGAGCGGAGUGGUCAGCACGAGUGGCUGAUGGAACAACGGAGGCCAGAGCCGCCGGAAAAGGAUUUUGUGGGAACGGUGCAGUCUUCGCCUUACGCAACAGGUGCUGCGGCGCGUACAGGAGUGGUGAAAACCCGUCCGCCCCUAGCCGGAUUUUCACUGUGGCGACCUGACCGGCCGCCUCGACAAGGUGCUGGACCGGUUCGGCAGCAACUGCACACACAUAGUUCCUCCUGGAGUCCUCAGGAUCGAUCGCCGCAGCUUGUCCGUCCCCAAGUGUUUAUCGCAGGGUCUUCUCGGUUGACUGUGUCGUCGGAAGCACCUACGAGUGGAGUUUCAUUCACCCAUCCAUAUUUCCCUCCACUGCAGAUGACCUUUGCACAGCCGCCUCAACCGUCAGAUGUGCAGCAGACUGCGCAUCUAACUCAUAGUGUCUCAUCAGAGCGAGCAUAUGGUGGUCACAGCGCUGCAGCGCCUUGGGUUCCCCCUUCUCCGCUGCCGCGUGUGGAUGUGGGUGGACCGUCUCAGCGGCCGCAGCCGCCAGCGCCUUUUCAAGGUGGGGGUUACAGUCUUUUCGGAGGUGGCGGCAUACCCCCCUGGUUGCCUUUUUCACAGGCUUCACCUGAAUCUAUAGAGAGGCGCUCCCAUGGAAGUGACGGAAGGCCGCAAGAGGGAGAGGGGCGCCCAACGUCCUAUGCCGGAUGGCCAGGACGAAGCAAGAGAUAG